AUGCUAUUUGCUGGCAAAGAUUACACGUUUGUUCUAGAAGCACUGCCCCAGAACCCGCGUCAGUUCGACCCUUUGAAUCUGCGUCAAAAGCUCUACGAUUUUGGCAUCAGAGAGCCUCUGCUCAUGAGCCGAAUCUUGCAACUUUUGGCUGCUAACGCGUUAAGCGGACGAUCAUAUCAACUCUCAUGCACGCUAGUCAUUAUUUCUUCGGUAGUCUACGUUGGACAAGCUAUAUCAGCACAANNGCUCAAUGGUCUCAAGAUCAUGACCAGAGCCACACUUGUUGAACUCAUAUACGAGAAGACUCUCGCUGCGCCCGCUGCUGUGUACAAUGACUACAGCGCCACCACUUUGAUGAGUACUGACGUUGAUGCUCUCACAAACGUCAGCGAGAUGUUUCAUGAGGCCUGGGCUCAAGUGUUGGAAGUCAUUGUCGGUAUGAUAUUAUUGGCACAACAGAUCGGAUGGUUCUGUCUCGUCCCUCUGCCUAUGAUAUAUGCACGGAAUCUGCGUUCCAAACAACUUGCGUGGAACAAAGCUACGCAAGAUCGUAUCAACAGGAUCGUCUCUGUGGUAGGUAAAAUCAAAGCGAUCAAGAUGCUUGGCCUAGAGAAUGUCGUCAGGGAUCAGAUUACCUGUCUGAGAAAAAUUGAGAUCAAUGCUUCGAAAGACAUGCGUUGGGUAGCUGUGCUCGCGAACACCAGUGCAAAUGCGCUUGGACUCUUCACACCUGCAAUCACCAUCAUUCUGUUCGCUGCUAUGAGCAACUCGAACCUUGAUGCAGAAACAGCCUAUACCACGUUAGCCAUUCUGGUCCUGGUCACUCAUCCCGCGAACAUGAUCAUGACGAUUGUGCCCAGAGCAAUUGCCUCUCUGGCCAGUUUCCAGAGAAUACAGGAUUUUAUCAGCAAACCACAUUUUGAAGAUGCUCGGAAGAAUUCUCUAAAUGGAGGAUCGACAACCUUCAUAGACGCUAAUUCUGUUUCCGAAGUAGCAGUCGAACUCAAGGACGUCGAACUGAAAAUAACAGGCUUCGCAACACCGAUUCUGAAGGACAUCAACCUACGCAUUACUCGAGGCUCUAUUGUUGAGCGUGUGAUUGUCAAUCUGUUGGGUCCGAGCGGUCUACUCCGAAAUUCAAAUACGACGGUGUUUCUGGUCACGAGUGCUGCUGCUGCAUGCUCUCUUGCCGACAGAAUUCUGCUCUUGAAACAAGAAAGUGCUCUCAUGAAUGGCGACGAAGCAAAAGUUGACGACCAGAAGGAAGCAAAGCUCGUAUCUGUCAAGGUGAGCAAGAUUGAAGACGAUGACAUCGAUGUUGACAGGGGAUCUGGUGAUGCAUCAGUCUAUCGAUACUAUCUUCACCUGGGUCUCGACCAGCACUAUGCUUUGGGUCAAUUUCAUCAAGCUGGCUCCUAG